CAGCGCCGCUUGACACGUGAGCCUCAUGUGACAGAGCUGGGUCAGGCUGAGCGGACAAGCGGACAGAGUUUAUUUCUCUCGUGGAUCCCUCUGACACAACUUCUUGCUCCCCACACGGCGUGCAAGACCCGCCGAGACAGCUCAACGCUUAGGGGGGGGACAAAAAUAUCAUCGGCGUUGAAUGACAUAAUUGACAGGAUUUUUUUGAGAGGGAGAAAAACUUACUGCGUAACUUUUUUGUUUCCAUUCCAAAUUGGCUGCAGCGCAUUUGUAAGUGGAAAAAAAAGAGUCACGAAAAUGGAGCGAAUCCCAAGCGCGCAACCUCCUCCUCUGGCCAAGGCUGAUCUAGCAGACAUGCACGGCAUGGAUUUCCCUAUGUACGCGUAUAAACCCAGGCGAGGAAUGAAGAGAGGAGAGGACAGCAAGGAGACCUACAAACUGCCUCAUAGACUCAUUGAGAAGAAAAGACGUGAUCGGAUAAACGAAUGCAUUGCUCAGCUGAAAGAUUUGUUACCGGAGCAUCUAAAACUUACGACUUUGGGCCAUUUGGAGAAGGCCGUAGUUUUGGAGCUCACACUCAAGCAUGUGAAGACGCUCAGCACGCUUUUGGAGCAGCAGCAGCAGAAGAUCCUUGCCCUGCAGGGUGGCAUGCAUAUUGAGCAACCUAUUGUCAGCCAAGAAAAGUCAGAGGAGAUGUUCCGCUCCGGUUUCCACAUGUGCGCCAAGGAGAUUCUUCAAUAUCUGGCCGGUCGUGAGAGCGACGGCGACUUUGCGCCCUCGCACGUCAUCAAUCACCUUCACAAGUUAGCCGCUGACGUGCUCCAAAGUCCAAGGCGAUCGCGCUCACCCCUGAGCCCUCCACCCGAAGAAACGCCCACAUACAGCCAGCACCAAAUCCACAAGGAGGCACCUGCCAGUUUACCGGCUAAGCCCAGCGAGGGCUACGGGAGGGUGCCGGUCAUCCAGCGUGCGCACGCUCCUCCCAGCGGCGAGCAGAGCGGCAGUGACACUGAUACAGACAGCGGCUACGGAGGGGAGCUGGAGAAGAACGAGUGCGGCGCCCCGCAGAGGCAUCCCAAUUACUACAGCCAGGAGAGCAAGUUGAUGAAGCGCAGCGCUGCCGAGAGGCGGGGCCCCGACGUCAAGCGGGAAGACGACGAGCCGAGGCACAAACGAGCCCGGGCGGAGUCGUCCGAGGAUGAGAUGCUGUCGGGCGGCGAAUCGUCAGCUUCGUCCUCCUCCAGCGGUUACGGCAGCUACAUGAGCGUGUCCCCCAACCAUCCGGCCCCGCGGCAUCCCCUCUGCAUGCCCUUCUACCUCAUCCCCCCUUCUGCCGCCACCUACCUGCCCAUGCUGGAGAAGUGCUGGUACCCGGGCGCCAUGCCCAUGCUGUACCCCGGCAUGGGCGGCUCCGCCACGGCCGUCCCCAGCGAGAGACCACCACAGAUGGUCAUGUCUCCAAGGGGAGGUUCUCCCGCUCCAGCCAUGUCUCAGACCCCCAUGGACUCCCCGGCUCUCCUCCAGGCACUAAAGCAGGUCCCCCCCCUCAACCUGGAAACCAAAGACUGAGAAAACAUGGCCGCUGAAUUGAUACAUUAGGAGGGAGUACAUGACCGAGCCGUCCUGUAGUCCAUCAAGUCAUUUCGCUACUUUGUUUCUCAUCCUGGAAUUCAUGUCGCAAACAAGAAGAGAAGAGGGCUGGCGUAAUCGUCCUCGUGUGGACGACGAAAUUGGUUGAAUGUCAAGUGCAAAUGGACCCGCCCGAUACACACACGCACACACUUGGUUGAAUGUAAAGAAAGACGUUUCAGAUGCUGCUGUACGCUGACAACACUGGCGCAUUUCACUUGGAGCUUUUGUGGUAGAGACAUGCCUUUUUCUUUUUGUACACAAAAACCAAAUGUUAAGAUUUCACCCAAAGUUUGUCGCCUAUCGUCCGUCACCACCACCACCACCACCGCCGCCGCCAUCAUUACCGCUUACUACCGUGAUGACCGUGCUGAAUGCAAAAGUCAUUCAUUCACACUCGCUGUGGAUUUUCAUGUAAUUAUUGUGGAUAGACUUCAUGUACAUUUCUAUUUUUGAUACACGUUCGCGCACUCUUGUCGUCGGAAGGAGUGCAAGUGUGGCGUACUCAAAGAGUGUGUACAUAUUGUAGCGCAGUGCUGGACCUUGUCUGCAUACUCGACAUCUGUUUCUGCUCAAGUCAAACCUGGCGUUUGUUCUUGCUGUUGCCUUUUUACUUGUGAAAAGCUGAGAAGUCUCAGAUGUUUAUGCUCCGUAACGCAUAUGAAUCCCAGAACGUGGCGGUGAGGGGAAGAAGAAGUGAAUGUAAACGUUUUACCAGAUGACUAGUUUUCUAAUAGAGAGAGGUACUUGAGAUUUUAUAUUUUGGGACCUACGUGAAAGACGAUUGCUGUUUGUACAUAUUUUGUCUAUAAAUGUUGAUAUACAUAAGUGUAUUAAUAAAGUAUUUUUUUUUCCUGUGGAAAA